AUGUCGGCCGCUAAAACAAAUGGCGAGGAGAAUACAACGGUAUGCACUUUUUUCUUUGAAUUCACAGAUGUUUGUGUUUAUGAAAAACAUGAAAAACCAAUUUUUCCAUUUUUUUUUUCAAUUUGGUGCUCGCGGGACUCGUCAAUUUAUGCUCAGAAAUGCAAGACAUGAUACAUCGCGUGAGAGUCAAAAAAAAGAUGGAAAAGUUGUGUUAAAAAAGCUUUUUGGACACAUUUCCUGUAAAGAGGAAUUGGUUGCCAGGAAAAAUUAUUUCACUCACUUUUUUGCCCCAUCAAAAAAUGCCAUGAAAUUCCAUUCAAUUUACUUCAUUUUCUCUCUUUUGCACCCACUCGGAUUUAGAGAACCGAAAAAAGGAGGCAAAGAGAUUUCAACGCACGUCAGUCAGUUAGUGAGGGGAGCGCUCUUCUCGGCGUCUCUCUGGAUAGCCGCGAACUAUCCCGGCCCUUCAUUCCUCCCAGGAGAAGAGCACAGAAUAAGAAUAAAAAUGAGAAAAAAGGGGGGAAAAAGACGCGUAGUAGUGUUGUGACGUAGCUGAUCUACACUGCCGGUCAUAAUUAUAGGUUCACUUCAAUUUUUCGAAUAUUUCGAAAACUAGGCGCUGUAUUCAAAAAAGUUCUUAAGGGGAUUUUCGGUCACCCAAGGUACCACAAAUGUACAAACUAAACCAUUCGACUUCAGUGAGAAAUUUUCCAAAAAUCGUGAUUUCUCGAAAAAGUGACUUUAGCGGUUGGUCAUAAUUAUAGGUUCACCACUGAAAUUAGCCAGAGGGUCAACUGAAUAAUUUUUAAUUUUAGCCAUAACGUCUUCUAAGACUGAUUAUGACCGUUUUACAUCGAUUUCCGACAAGCUUCUCGGUUCCCUGAUUUUUUGAACCAACUUUCAUUGAGUUUUGGGUCAAUCAUAACUUUUCGUCUUAAAAUCGAACCUAACUUCGGUUUUUUGGCCGGACGACAACAGGAUCAUUCUGGAAUGAGUAUUUAGUAAGGUUUUGUGAAGUUUCAUUGAGAAUCUACGAGAAUUUGAUAUCUUUUUCUAAUGUUGAAGUGCUUUGGUCGACUAGUCCCAAGUAAGUUUACAUCUGGUUUUUGCUCAAAUUUGGAGCAAUCUCUGAGAGACUUGACGGCAACAUGAAGGACCCAACCAACAAUGCACUUGCCAAGUUUGGUACAAAUCCGAUCAUUCUGACCAAACUUCGGAGACGGUUGUCAGUUUCGAUCCUUCAAAAAAUGCAGAAAAAUUUCAUGCUCUGGAUUUGCUCGGGACUAGGGGGGAAUGAAAGGCCCUAUAAAGGGUAAAAAACGCGAAAAAGGUUUCAUCUCUGUUUUGGUGUUUAGCCGAGAUAUGAUCAAAAGUAUGAAAAAACGGUACAUCUUUUUCGAAAAGUCGCAUCUCCGUCAAUUUUUGAGUAAAACAUUCGGUAAAAAAAGGAAAAUGUAGCUAAUGAGAUGGUCUUUAAGCAUGCAAUUGAUUAUCUUUGACGAAACAAAUUCUUAAAAGAGAUAUUCAACAAAAUAUGAAAACGUUUGUACUUAUGUACACUAUUUUGCGAAUACAGUUUGACGGGACUAUCACCAUUAGAUUCAGCGUCCAAAAUAAGUGCCGUAUGCAAAAAUUUUGCCUUGGGAAAUCGCUUUGACGAAAAAAAAGUUAUCGACAAUAUGCUUUGCCCCUGUUUUCUUGUGGUUCUGUCUGUUUGCUAGCCUGUAUCUCCUCAACCGGUAGAGAUACCAAAACGUUGUCAACUGUAAAGUUAAAGGUACAUGUCCAAGCUAUAAAACUUUAGUUGAACGCUUUUUUUUAUCUCUACUCGUUCACAAGUUAUGGCCGUUUCCGAGUGAUCACUCAAAAACUGAUAUUAUCGCAUUUAAGGAGUGGUCCUACAAUUUCGGUCUCAACAUAAAAAAUGCUCAAUAAGAGGCUAGACAUCAAAUGUCGUUCAGCCUGUGUUGAUCCGAUCUCUUUCGAAGUGUGACUCUCCUACCGUCAAGUAGAGAAGGGUGUUCGAAACAAGCAUGAGUCAUAAAAUAUUUCGAAAGAGAUCGGAUCAACACAGGCUGAACGACAUUUGAUGUCUAGCCUCUUAUUGAGCACUUUUUAUGUUGAGACCGAAAUUGUAGGACCACUCCUUAAAUGCGAUAAUAUCAGUUUUAGAGUGAUCACUCGGAAACGGCCAUAACUUGUGAACGAGUAAAGAUAUCAAAAAGCGUUCAACUAAAGUUUUAUAGCUUGGACAUGUACCUUUAACUUUACAGUUGACAACGUUUUGGUAUCUCUACCGGUUGAGGAGAUACAGGCUAGCAAACAGACAGAACCACAAGAAAACAGGGGCAAAGCAUAUUGUCGAUAACUUUUUUUUCGUCAAAGCGAUUUCCCAAGGCAAAAUUUUUGCUUACGGCCCUUAUUUUGGACGCUGAAUCUAAUGGUGAUAGUCCCGUCAAACUGUAUUCGCAAAAUAGUGUACAUAAGUACAAACGUUUUCAUAUUUUGUUGAAUAUCUCUUUUAAGAAUUUGUUUCGUCAAUGAUAGUCAAUUGCAUGUUUAAAGAUCAUCUCAUUAGCUACAUUUUCCUUUUUUUACCGAGUGUUUUACUCAAAAACUGACGGAGAUGCGACUUUUCGAAAAAGAUGUACCGUUUUUUCAUACUUUUGAUCAUAUCUCGGCUAAACACCAAAACAGAGAUGAAACCUUUUACGCGUUUUUUACCCUUCAUGGGAGCUUUCAUUCCCCCCUAGUCCCGAGCAAAUCCAGAGCAUGAAAUUUUUCUGCAUUUUUUGAAGGAUCGAAACUGACAACCGUCUCCGAAGUUUGGUCAGAAUGAUCGGAUUCGUACCAAACUUGGCAAGUGCAUUGUUGGUUGGGUCCUUCAUGUUGCCGUCAAGUCUCUCAGAGAUUGCUCCAAAUUUGAGCAAAAACCAGAUGUAAACUUACUUGGGAUUAGUCGACCAAAGCACUUCAACAUUAGAAAAAGAUAUCAAAUUCUCGUAGAUUCUCAAUGAAACUUCACAAAACCUCACAAAAUACUCAUUCCAGAAUGAUCCUGUUGUCGUCCGGCCAAAAAACCAAAGUUAGGUUCGAUUUUAAGACGAAAAGUUAUGAUUGACCCAAAACCCAAUGAAAGUUGGUUAAAAAAAUCAGGGAACCGAGAAGCUUGUCGGAAAUCGAUGUAAAACGGUCAUAAUCAGUCUUAGAAGACGUUAUGGCUAAAAUUAAAAAUUAUUCAGUUGACCCUCUGGCUAAUUUCAGUGGUGAACCUAUAAUUAUGACCAACCGCUAAAGUCACUUUUUCGAGAAAUCACGAUUUUUGGAAAAUUUCUCACUGAAGUCGAAUGGUUUAGUUUGUACAUUUGUGGUACCUUGGGUGACCGAAAAUCCCCUUAAGAACUUUUUUGAAUACAGCGCCUAGUUUUCGAAAUAUUCGAAAAAUUGAAGUGAACCUAUAAUUAUGACCGGCAGUGUAGUAGAGACUGAAUAAGAGCCGAAGGAAGUGAGCUCUUGUCAAAUUAUUGCGAAACUCAUGCUUUUCAGCUCAUGGACGGAGAAAGAGAAAAGGCCGAAGUGGAAACGUUUGCUCAAUUCCUUUUCAAUCGGAAAAAUGGAACCGUUCUUGGAAGAACUGGAAAGUCGUGGUGUAAGUUUGGGGUUGAACUCCUCUUUAAGUCAAUACCAGCGGAAUGCGCAAUUUACUUUCUGUAACUACAACAAAUUUGGUUUACGCCAUAUUAGUUGCAACCUAAGCUGUCUAAUGGAGUACUUUUGAACAAAUUUAGGAAAAUCUCGGCUCAGGAUAAAGUGAAUACUUUCUUAGAUGGUCUUAAGUACACCUCUGACUGCAAUUUCUCAUUUUCCAGUCCAAAUCACGGUGUUCUACAUCAUCUUCUACAUCAUCCUGUCGGCAUUCUUCGUCGGAUGUCUGGCCAUCUUCCUGAAGACUCUCGACCCGAAAGUGCCACGCUUCUACGGAAAAGGAACCAUCAUCGGAGCGAACCCGGGUGAGUGCAGAGUUCAGAAAGACAAAAAGAGGGGAAGGAAGAAAGAGUCACUCGUUUUUUUUUCGCCUGUAACUCUUCACUUUUUGUUGCGCCACUGAUACGUUUGUGUGUUGGGUAGAUGGAAAAGAUCCCUUUCAAGAGGUUUGCACUCCAACUGGCUUGCAGCAAAGAACACGGAAAACAGAGUGUGGUUUCCUCCGAUUAGUCAGUUCUUGUGUAGUGCAGCAAAAAGUGCCGUGCCAAGUCACACAAUUUGCAUAGCCAAUUUGAUUGUGCACUAUGUUAUAAACUUUCAACGAGCAAACAGCACACACUCUUGCGAAAACCGCAAAACUUUGACGUAGUUUACGAAAUUAUCACCGGAAUGUCUAUCAGCUUACCUCUAUGAAAGAAAGUGUCGUGUUGCAACACCUCGAAACAUUGAAUCAGAAUCGAUAAUAAUAAGACAAUGCUGUGUACUUUAAGGGACUGAAUUGCGUCUGUUUCAGGAGUCGGAUACCAGCCGUGGCUCAAGGAGAAUCCGGAUUCGACCAUCAUCAAGUUCAACCUGCAAGAUCCAAAGUCCUGGGCCCCGUACGUCUCGCAACUUGACGACUACCUCUCCAAGUACAACAACACUGAGGACACGAGAGCUUGCGGACCGAGCGACAACAACGGAGCCCUCGAGACUGACCCGGAUGCCGCUCCGUGCCGUUUCGACCUCGGAAUUUUCGAUAAAGCCAACUGUGGACCAAAAGACCAGUACGGAUUCAAGUCUGGAAAGGUAUUUGAGUGCUUACAGUCCACCUGACAACAGGAAACUUGCAGCCAUGCGUCAUUGUCUCGCUGAACAGACUCAUCGGAUGGCGCCCGGUGGAUUAUGAGGCCGGAAGUGUCCCAGAAGAAGUCAAGGGCAGAUACAAGAAGGGAUCCAUUGCCGUCAACUGUGAAGGAGCUGUAAGAACAAAGCAGCAGGGGAUUUGAAAUGACAAUUUUAUCGGAUUUCAGAACUCUUUCGACAAGGAACACCUCGGAAAGCUCAAGUACCUCCCAGAGUCCGGAAUCGACGGACGUUACUACCCAUACGUGUUCACUCCAUCCUACCAGCAGCCAAUUGUUAGUAAAUCUGAAGAUGUCAAUAACUUUUAUUACCAAAUCUUCUAGGCCAUGGUCAAGUUCGAAACGAUCCCUCGCAACAAGCUCGUCAUCGUCGAAUGCCGCGCUUACGCCCUCAACAUCGAGCACGACAUCACCACCCGUCUCGGAAUGGUCUACUUUGAAAUGCUCGUCGAGGACAAGGUCCCAGCCGCCGCCCCAGCUGCCUAA